AUGUCUCCACUUCUAGAAGUCUGCGGUCCCCUUUCGCCGCCGUCAACACCUCCGUUAAUGGAUCUCAAAGUAGAGCUGCCAUUGAAGAAGGCCGCUGUAAAGCGGGCGCGCGAGGUACCUCCAGCUGGCGUGGUGACGCCACAGCCCUCAGAUUCGGAGGGCGAGGAUGAGUGCAGCAAGCGCUCUCGCUGCGAGCUGGCGCGGCUGCUUCUCACCACGCCGCCUCCGGAGCCGUGCGCUCGUCCGUCCGUCAUCAUGCGCGCGCAUAAAGACGGCACCUGCAGCCCCGAGCCGCUGCCGCCGCCUCCGCCAAACGACAUGAAUAUCCUGAAGACACUGAAAUUCAAAAUGAACCGUGGCCAUAGUUACUCCCAAGUGAAGUACAUUGCAAGUCAAGCUCAGACGCCCCCUGCCCCGGUGGAGCCCUCCCCUCCGCCUAAGGCUGAAGAGCCGCGUGUGCCGUCGCCGCACCCGGAGUGCAGGCCGAAGGAAGAAACGCGUGUGCCAGCACCCACGGCCGCGACCACGCCCGGCUGGGUGCCGCUAGCGCCACGCCCGACACCCGCCGUACUAGUUCCUAGCUCUUUAUUACCUACAACAGCGCUAUGGCUGGUCGCCCCAGCACCGGCCGCAAGACGCCGCCUCUACGAGUGCUCGUACCCCGGUUGCGGAAAAAAUUACUUCAAAUCCUCCCACCUUAAAGCGCACGCCCGAACACACACAGGCGAACGUCCAUUCAGGUGCGCGUGGCCCGGCUGCGAGCGGAGGUUCUCCCGUUCCGACGAGCUCUCUCGCCAUAAAAGAACUCACACCGGCGAGAAGAAGUUCGGCUGCCGCGUCUGCAAUCGCCGCUUUAUGCGCUCCGACCACCUCGCCAAGCACGUCAAAAGGCACGCAAAAGAACGAGUGCCGCCGGCGCCUGUGCUAAAGCUUCUCCCAUCCCCGCCAUUGGCCAUCCCCGUCCCCGUACAACCCACUGUUGCCCCGGCCCAAUAA